AGCGAUGGAUGCUUUGGACAAAGUCCUGUAAGUGUGUGUGGGGCGCGAUGGCGUGGGAGCGAGUCUCCCGUGACCCCUGCCGCGGUCUUCCCGCUGUUGCUCUUUCCGGACGCGCUUUGCUAGUCGUUCCUGGGAAGGAGCCGGCUUGGCCGAUUCUCCGCCCCGAGUCGCCGCUGGUGAAGCCUUGGCGGACCGAGAGCUGUGGGCUGGAGCGAGGGCGGGAGCCGCGAUGGGCUUACGACCUCGCCACUGAGGGAUUCUGAGCUGUGAGAAUGGCGGUGGACCGGGUGGAGAGUUCAGGCCUCGGAAUCUGACAAGAACCAGGCGACAAACUGGACUCAAAGUUUUGUCACUUUGGGCAUUUAAACCGCCCUAAAUCACUUUACCCUGUAAAACAGCUGUCACAACAGUCGUGUGUCAUACAACUGUAGAGAGCAGUGUUUGUCACAACAGAAAGCCUAAAACAAGAAGGGCUAAGAGAUUCCUUGAGAAGAGAGAACCGAAGGUCAGUGAGAACAUUAAGAGCGCCAUGCUGAUAAAAGGCGGGAAUGCGAACGCAACCGUGACCCAAGUCCUCAGAGACGUGUAUGCACUGAAGAAGCCAUAUGGAGUUCUAUAUAAAAAGAAAAAUAUUACAAGGCCAUUUGAGGAUCAGACAUCACUGGAGUUCUUUUCAAAGAAGUCAGACUGCUCCUUAUUCAUGUUUGGCUCCCAUAAUAAGAAGAGGCCAAAUAAUCUAGUAAUAGGUCGUAUGUAUGACUACCAUGUGCUGGAUAUGAUUGAACUAGGUAUUGAGAAAUUUGUGUCUCUAAAAGAUAUUAAGACUAGUAAGUGCCCCGAGGGAACAAAACCCAUGUUGAUAUUUGCUGGUGAUGAUUUUGAUGUGACAGAAGACUACAGAAGAUUAAAAAGUCUUCUUAUUGAUUUCUUCAGAGGUCCCACAGUAUCAAACGUCCGGCUGGCUGGAUUGGAGUAUGUUCUGCACUUCACUGCCCUGAAUGGGAAGGUUUACUUUCGAAGCUAUAAGCUGCUGUUGAAGAAGUCUGGGUGCAGAACACCACGAAUCGAACUAGAGGAGAUGGGACCGUCGUUGGACCUGGUUAUGAGGCGGACACACUUAGCGUCAGAUGACCUUUAUAAACUGUCCAUGAAAGUGCCUAAAGCUCUCAAGCCAAAGAAGAGAAAGAAUAUCUCUCAGGAUACCUUUGGUACAACGUUUGGAAGGAUUCAUAUGCAGAAGCAAGACCUAAGCAAACUACAGACGAGGAAGAUGAAGGGGUUGAAGAAGCGACCUGCUGAGAAUGGGAUAGAAGACCAGGGGGAGAAGUCAAAGAGAAUUAAGAAAAAUUAGUGGAACCUGACUGACAACAAGCACUUUCUUGUGGUUGUUACUAAAGAGAUUUGUUUUACUUGA